AUGUCAGCCAACUGGCUUCUUCUACAACAGCCGGCUCUUCCAGUUCCCAAUUCAUGUGUAUACGGGUCGAUUCUUCUUCUCCCACGCUCCCUGCCUGCCUUCGCUCGCCGCACUCCGUUAGCGAGCCCGGGAGCCCAUGCCGGGUUAAUCGCGCGCGGCGUCCUUCGCCAGUUCGCAGUCUCCCCGGCUAACUGGCUCCCUUGUCUCCGCCGGUUGCUGUCGCCUCGGGCCGGUAUAGGAAGUGUCGAUGCUCCAGCCUUCGGUUCCGUUGGCCGGCUGGUUACCGGGGGUCGCCGGUUGGCCUGCGGGCCCUGCUGCGAACUGGCGGGUGUCGCCGGUGCUGUUAGAGCGCUCCCCGGGACGCGCCGAGCUCCCGGAGGCCGUAGCAUGUCCGCUUCACCGGAGGACCCUGCCUCGGAGCCUGCCUCCGGCAUCAAUGCCACCACCGGUGCCGUUGAUAGCAGAUAAAACAGCCGGCCAGUUACCAGAAGGAAUAUGGUUGUUUGCUUUACCCACUACAGCUCGGUAAGCGCCUCCGCCAGUGUUUGUAGGGGGCCAGGGUUAGAGUCUCCGCCAGCCCUCCAAAGAGCCCUAUAGCAAGAACAGUUCAGAAGAACAUGGUGCACGGUCUCCGGGGCCUCCCCGCAGAAGCAGCCCGGAUUGUCUGUCCGUUUAAUAAAGACAAGGAAGCUGUUAAAGCCUAUCUUACCCAUACAAGCUUGGAACAGGGCUGCUUCCUGGGGGCAACUCAGUUUAUCAUACCGUCGAAGACCUUUAGCCCCCUCCAGCUCCGGCACCCACUGCCGAAGAAAGUUACCGUAUAUCAAUUAUUACCAGUUCGUCUGCCAAGCCUAUUUACCGGUUGUCUUGAUCCAAGCCUCCAGAAAAGAUUUUAGGAUCGUCCCCGCCUUAUCUUAGGCCCG